ACUGUUCCAUGUUUUAUUGAUCAUGAGCGUGAUUACAAUAAACUGAUGCCGACUUAUGCCAUGUUUAUGAAUCAUCAGUUUGUGAUGGCAAUAAACUAAUGCCAAUUUAUGCCAUGUUCAUAAGAGUGUGAUGACAAUAAACUUAUGGAAUUAGUAAAAAAUUUGGUCUUAAAAUUUGGGCUGAGGCCUCUAUAAAAGAACCUGUCAACUAAGGAAUAUUCAGAAACAACUUGAAGUACAGAAAUCAACUCUUAGUACAUAAAUUUUGCUUCUUUUUGUUUCCAGAUAUUUCCCUACUAAGAAAAAAUCAAAGUUCUUUUCUUUUUGGCUGUCAAGCCAAUAGCCAUGGCCAAGUUAGAGAUUCAAAUCCAGACAAGGAAAAUGAUGAAGCCCUCAACUCCUACCCCGAAUCAUCUUCAGAGCCUCAGUCUUUCAUUUUGCGAUCAGGGGGCUCCUCGUAUAUAUGUACCAAUACUGUUCCACUACUUGCCAAGCAGUGAAUGGAACAACGAAGGAAUUACUGAAAGAUGUGAUAAACUACAAAAAUCUUUGGCUGAGACCUUAACCAAUUUUUACCCUCUAGCAGGAAGAUUUAGAGAGGAUGAAUUCUCAAUUCACUGCAAUGACGAAGGUGUUGAGUAUGUUGAAUCCAAAAUCAAUACGGAUCUUAUUGAGUUUCUCCGUGAAGGACCCAAGAUUGAGCCUUUGGAAGAUCUUCUUCCAAAAAUGGAUAAGCUAUCAAGUCCAUUACUUGGUGUCCAAGUGAACAUAUUCAACUGUGGAGGACUAGUCAUAGCGAUACAAAUUUCACAUGUCGCAGCUGAUGCUUUCACUUUAGCAACAUUUCUCAAUGAAUGGGCACAAGCUAGCCUUACAGGGAUGACGACAAAAUAUUGUCUUCCAAGGUUCGGUCACUUGUCAUCGCUCUUCCCCACAAGAGUGCUAUCGGGACCUCAAUUCUCACCACCAUCCAACAUAGGCCCUAAGAUUGUCACGAAGAGAUUUGUGUUUGAUGCUUUGGCAAUAUCAAAGCUCAAAGACAGAAUCAAUUCAAGUGCCACAUUUACGAGACCUACUCGAGUGGUAGUUGUUAUGUCAUUAAUAUGGAAGGUUCUUGUGGGCAUUUCGUCAGCCAAACAUGGACAUUCGAGGGACUCUUGUUUUUUGUUUCCUAUUAAUUUGAGGGGAAAAUCAAAUUUACCAUCUUUGGAACAUGCUCUAGGGAAUUUCUAUGUGACUGUAGUUGCCACUCUUGAGGCAAACCAGUUAAGAAAGGAGUUAAAUGACUUUAAGGAGUUAAAUGACUUUGUUAACUCUAUAGGAAGUACAGCAAGGGACACAUCUCUAAGCAUUGGUAAGGCAAGCGUCGAUGAAAUUAUCUCUCUGUCCAUUAACUGUGGGACAGAAAUCAUUAACAAAUUUGGUCAAGGAGAUAAGAUGGACAUUUAUGCCUGCACUAGUUGGUGCAGAUUCCCCUGGUAUGAAGUAGACUUUGGUUGGGGAAAGCCAAUUUGGGUGAGCAGUGUUGGCAGACCUUUUGAAAUAAUUAGUCUGUUCGACACAAAAAGUGGUGAUGGAAUAGAAGCAUGGGUUAGUUUGAAGGAGAAUGACAUGGCUGAAUUCGAGAGAGAUCCUGAUAUUUUGUCCUCCACUUCAAAAGAAGCAUUUGAUUCCUCGAUUUGGAUAAAAUGAUUAAUAUAACUGUCUAUCGUGAUAUUUUCAAGUGUAUCUUUUGAGCCUAGUUGGUUGAAGUCUAAUCCAUAUGAUGAUAUGAACAUGACAACAGCCUAGCUAGUCGCACAAUAAGAUUUUGUUAUGCUUUUUUCCUGUUUAUUCGGAUGAUGAGCAAUAAAUUUGAGGUUUUGUGCAAGGAGCAUCUAGUUUCAUCACAAUUUCACUGAACAUUAAUUUUAUGAUGAGUUGAGUUGUUGAAAGAUCUUUCAUACAUAUUACUGAACAAUAGCAAUAAGUUUCUGCCUCUACAUGUUAGGAAACGAUAACAUGAACAAAAACUAAUAAGACCCAGAGAGGCAUAAACUU